AUGUCUCUAACAUUAGAACAACUCGUCGAUCGACAAAUGCAUCUCUUCGGACUCAUUACGCGAAGUGUAGCGAACCUCUACAAACUUGGUGCGGAAAAACAGACCAAGACGGCUACAGAGGCUCGCUUAAGAAUCCUGGAAAGCAACUGGGGAAAAUUCCAGGAAAAUCAUGAAGAGCUUCUCUAUUUCAAAACUGACACUACCGCGAAGAAUCAGUACUUCGCCGGAGAUUUAUACGCGGAAUGCGAAGAAAGUUACAUCGACGCUGCAGGCACGUUUGCGGCUAUCAUAGACGAGUUGAGUGUCCCGCCACCGGCGAAUGCGUCCGCGAACUUGAACGCGAGUUCCUGCGGUCAUUCUCGUUCGUUACCCAAGGUGAGUUUGCCGAAGUUCACCGGGCUUUUCUCAGAAUGGAUCCCCUUCCGCGAUCUGUUCCACUCAAUGGUUAUCUCAAACUCGCAAUUAUCGGACGUGGAACGUUUGCACUACCUUCGCACACAUGUUACCGACGAAGCCGAACGAUCCAUUGUUAAUCUUCCGGUAACCGGUGAGAAUUUUGAUAUCGCCUGGAGAACGCUGAAAUCACAUUACGAAAAUAAACGGCUACUCGCGAAAGGUCACUUUGACUCAAUCUUCUCCAUACGACCUCUCGCCCGGGAGUCAGCAUCCGAACUUAAAACGCUCCUCGCGACUCUCAAACAAACUCUAAGCGCUUUAAAGUUGCUCGGUGCGACAACCGACUCCUGGGAUCCUCUCGUAGUGUACUUCGCGGAAAGACUACUCGAUCCUAAAACGCAUCGCGCGUGGGAGAUCAAUCAAGGCAAAUCGACGGCGCUCGACACUUUCUCGGAAUUUGAGGAUUUCCUUCUCUCACGCACUCGCGUUCUCGAUGCCGUGGAAAGGCGCGCGGAAGUCCCGAAUUCUCCCGGAUCCGACCUCAAAAGCUCGAAAACCGUGAAGACAAACGCUAAAAGCCAUGCCGCGAUCGGAACCCCUCUCAAAUGUUCGCUCUGCGGAGCCAACCAUUACAUCUCAUCGUGUCCGACAUACCGCGACAAGAACGCGCAUCAAAGACGCGAGAUCAUCGAGCAGAAGGAAUUAUGUUUCAAUUGUCUCGGACCUCACCGCGUUUCGGCUUGCCGUACGAUUAAAAGAUGCCUCACGUGUGGACAGAAGCAUCAUACGUCAAUCCAUGGUACGACCGCAAGACAAGCCGACAAUGCGGAAUCCGCCGAGCGGGGCGCGGUUUCCACGAAUCCACCCUCCCUGGUACAUCACGCGGCCGGCGUAGACGUGACUGCGAACGAGUGUGUGAAAUCCAGUGCGGAAAAAAAUCAAGCCUCCGAUUUCGCGCUACUAGCCACCGCAAACGUGAGAGUUGUCGGUCCCCGCGGAGAGUCUGUCGUGGCGCGCGCGCUCUUGGACCAGGGAUCUGAGCUCACCUUCAUCACGGAAUCAUUAGCGCAACUUUUGAAGCUCGAGCGGAAACGUGCUGCGAUCCCGUUGAUCGGCAUCGGCGCUCAAAAAUCGGACACUACUCGAGGCAGGGUCGACUGCGAAAUUCGUUCGUGCGUUGCUCCGGCCUUCUCGUGUUGGCUCACGGCGUACAUUUUGCCGCGAUUGACCGCUCAGAUCCCCUCCUCGGCGGUUCGCAACGCCGAGUGGCCGCAUUUGAGGAAUAUCUCUCUGGCCGAUCCCAGCUUUAACGUCCCGGGACGCGUUGACCUUCUCCUCGGCGCGGACGUAUAUGGAUCAUUACUUCGCGACGGCCUGCGUCAAGGUACAAUCGGUACCCCUACGGCUCAAUUAACUGCGCUCGGGUGGAUAGUGUCCGGGCCAGUCUCGAUCUCGAGAGCUAUUCCUCGAGGUCUAGCUCACUCAACUCUCUCGUCGGACAGACACCUCAGUGAACUUGUGGAGAAGUUCUGGACUCAAGAGGAGAUGCCACCAGCGGCUACCCCGCUGUCUGAGGACGAAGUGCGCUGCGAGGAACAUUUUCGCAAUACUCAUUCCCGGACCUCGUCAGGCAGAUACGUGGUGAGACUGCCCUUCCGUCGACUACCGACCAGUUUCGGCAACUCCCGGUCAAUCGCGAUUCGCGCGCUAGCGCGUGUACAACGUCGGUGCGCACUCAAUGACGAAUUCGCCGGACUCUAUAACGCCUUUCUCAAAGAGUACGAAGGGUUGGAGCAUAUGAGCCGCGUCCACUCUAACGAACGAGAACCGGACUUACCAUUCUACCUGCCACAUCACGGGGUUCUCCGCGACACCAGCGUGACCACUAAACUUCGUGUCGUGUUCAACGGGUCACAGAAAACGGACACUGGAUGCUCGCUCAACGACUUUCUGUAUUCCGGGCCGAAGUUACAAACGGAUCUCGCGAACGUGAUGCUCUUGUGGCGGCGACAUCGGUUCGUCUUUUCUGCGGACAUCGAGAAGAUGUUCCGCCAGAUACUCGUGGAUUCUCGCGACUGGGAUUUCCAAAGAAUUCUAUGGGCUCCGGAGCCAACUGCCGCGCCAAUUGCGUACCGCCUUCGCACCGUCACUUACGGUCUCGCCUGCGCCCCGUACCUCGCGCUCAGAGUUCUGAAACAACUCGCGACGGAUGUGGGACCGCGAUAUCCGCUGGCUCGAGAUAUUCUACAGACGCAAAUAUACGUGGACGAUGUACUGUCGGGCGCGGACACCAUUCCGCACGCCCAGGAGAAGAUUCGACAAUUGGACGCCCUGCUAACGGCGGGUGGAUUUCAAUUGCAGAAGUGGAUCGCUAACGACGACGCGUUGUUGGAUCCCAUCGAACCCAAUCGACGAACCAGAACCACCUCGCUAUCCAUGGACGACGAGACGGUUUCUCGAGCUCUCGGGCUCCACUGGCACGUGGAGCGGGACCGCUUCGUCUUCCGUAUCGGUGGCGCUCACUCAACUCAGAUCUGGACCAAACGCACUGUAUUGUCGGUCAUUGCCCGUCUCUUCGAUCCGCUGGGAUGGCUGAGUCCGGUGAUUAUCACUGCCAAGAUCUUUUUUCAACAGUUGUGGCCUGAGAAGCUCGGCUGGGACGACGCACUUUCCAAGACGGCAAUGAAACGGUGGAACAAGUUUCAUGACGAGCUCCCGGGCAUUGAGGCAAUCUCAGUACCGCGAUGGUUCGGCGGAUCUUUAACCUCCGACUCAAUCGAGCUGCACGGGUUCUCGGACGCCUCCACAGAGGCCCUCGCCGCGUGCGUGUAUCUCAAGGUCCGUGACGAACACGGCCAAAUACACGUGACUUUAGUGGCGGCUAAAACCCGAGUGGCUCCGCUCAAACCUACUACAGUCCCCCGUCUAGAGCUCUCGGCUGCCGUCCUCUUGGCUCGCCUAAUCGUGCGAAUACGGGACGUGCUCGAAUUACAAUCCGCUCCUCUCUUUCUGUGGUCGGACUCCACCGUCGCUCUCACCUGGAUCGCCGGACCUCCCUCGCGGUGGAAGGACUUUGUACGAAACAGAGUCGCUCUGAUCCAGGAACUCGUACCAUCAGCGACCUGGACUCAUGUCGCUGGCGAGAACAAUCCCGCCGACGUCGCUUCUCGAGGACUUUCGCCACAGGCUCUACAGUCGUGCUCCAUUUGGUGGCACGGACCUCCAUGGUUACGACAACCUUCCACCAAAUGGCCAGCUUCUCGCUCUCUCUCAGAUCCACAGGAGGAUCUCGAGGAACGCUCACGCGCUGUCCCCGUGACAGCAUCCUCAACAGCCUCUGACUUCUCUCUGAUUCCAGAUAGAUUCUCAACCUUGCGACGAUUGCUACGGGUGACUGCGUGGGUGAAGCGAGCAGCCGCUCGAUUCCGCUCUCGCGGGUCCCCCCUGGAUGCUCACACUCCUCUCCGGCCGGCUGAACUCUCUCAAUCUCUCAAAUUUUGGACCAGGCACUCACAAAGGCUCACCUUCGACGCGGAAAUCCAAUGUCUAGAGAGACACCAAGAAGUUCCGCGCACCAGCAGUCUCCUUCGCCUGGCUCCAUUUCUCGAUGCCGACGGGACUCUUCGAGUUGGUGGACGCUUGCGCAAUUCAACGCUCGAGACGGAAGCUAAACAUCCGGCCAUCCUCUCACCUAAGAAUCAUCUCGCAGCUCUCGUCAUAAAGGACGCUCAUCGGCAAACCCUUCAUGGAGGGGUUCAGCUAACUCUUGCCACCAUACGACAGUCGUUUUGGAUACUCGGAGGUCGAGCAUCAGUAAGAGCUCAUAUCCUCCGGUGCAUUCCAUGUGCCAGACAACGCGCUCAGACUGCUCAACAACUAAUGGGACAGCUUCCGAAAACGAGGGUCUCUCCUUCUCGGCCCUUUCUCAACGCUGGAGUAGAUUACGCCGGACCGUUUCAAUUGAAGACCUGGCACGGGCGGGCAGCUAAAACAUACAAGGGCUACCUGGUCGUCUUCGUGUGCUUUUCCACUUCCGCCGUGCACCUUGAAGUAGCAACCGAUUACAGCACAGCAGGAUUUCUUGCGGCUUACCGACGAUUUGCAGGUCGCCGCGGAGUUUGCGCUACGAUAACCAGCGACUGCGGAACCAAUCUCGUCGGCGCGGAUGCGGAGCUGCGUCGAUUAUUCUCCGCCGCCUCUAAGGAUUGGCGAGAGCUCUCCAAUACUUUGGCGAACGACGGCACGCUGUGGCGCUUCAAUCCGCCAGGCGCUCCACAUUUCGGUGGCAAGUGGGAGGCAGCAGUCAAAUCGGUUAAAUUCCACUUGCGCCGAAUUCUCGGUCUCACACUCCUUACUUAUGAGGAAUUUAUCACUCUUCUCAUACAGGUCGAGGCAAUACUAAAUUCGAGGCCGCUCUGCCCCCUUUCGGAUGACCCGGAGGACUUAGAGCCACUUACGCCUGGCCAUUUCCUCACAGGGGGGCCGAUCGUGACCCCGCCCGAGCCAUCGCUUCUCGACGUGGCUCAGUCUCGACUAUCCCGAUGGCAAUCAAUCAAACAGAUGGUGGAUCGAUUCUGGCAACGUUGGGGAACGGAAUACCUGCAACGCCUACAAGGCAUCUCCAAGUGGCAGCGACGAAACAACGCAAUCAAAAAGGGGGAUAUCGUCCUCGUUCUCGAUGAGCGCUAUCCUCCAGCGAAAUGGCCACUUGGGCGCAUCACCGACGUACAUCCGGGAACCGACGGUCUUGUUCGAGUAGUAACGAUCAAGACCGCCAGCACGACCCUACAACGCCCGAUUGCCAAAAUUUGCCCUCUUCCGAUCGAGUCUCGAGAGCGGUCGGACGAUGUAAUCCGGUCAAACGAUCCAACGUUAUCGCAUUAG